AUGUCUAAGAAAAGCGUCGCUGAGGAGUUGACAUUGGUCACAACGCACUGGAACUCAUCGAACGUCGAUGAGUUCUUUUAAACUAAAGUUGUAUAGCCAAAGCUCAGUAAUCAAUUUGACAACUUAGCUUCAGUUUCUCUCUAAAGGUAAGCGGAUCGUUACAAGCCAGGACGUGCUGAAAGGGCGAUUUUUGCUAUCAGGGUAAAUUUUAAGGGUCUCAGUCAGUUUUCUUGGGAAAAUUAUGAAAUAGCCUUUUUUUAAACUGUAGUUUUCACUCCUCAAAGGAUUCAACCACUGGUUUCUUAGUUCAGGUUUGAGUUGCAUCGUAGUAACUGAACACGCUUCCUAACCGCUACCAUUUAUAAAGCAGUCAAGUCCCCAAACUUUAGUUUUAUUUUACUUUCUCUCCACUGAGUGUUAACAAUUUAUCUUUAGGUCUGAUAUAGCCCAAAGUCUUUGAAGUUCCGUCACAUCACUACAACCUUAGCUACAUUUUAUUGAAAAUACGCUUCAUUUCUCAAGUAGGUAUCCGCAUUACAAUCCGUGGAAAUGCAAGCGUGGUUUAUUAGUUUUCAGUAAACCUGGUGAAAUAUAUACCCUCAUUUCUCUUCUUUUGCAAGUCAUCAUUAUUCUAGAAAAAUUCUAUAAAGGGGCUGCGUCACGGUUGUCUAGCUCGUUUUGUUAACAGUGCCAAUUACGCUUCUUUAUGCGCUAUGGAAAACUGGCUGGGGUGUGAACGACUGCUUUACAGCAUCAGGAUGGACUCCGGAAGGUCGGAGGGCAAGAGGAAGACCAAAAAGUACUUGGAGAAGGAGGAAGAGCUGGGCGGUAGUCAAAGCGGUUGCACAAGACAGAAAGUGUUGGUCAGGCAGCAGCAUGGAGGCCUUAUGCGCCAACUGGCGCGAUGA